UGUGCUCGAGAGGCAGAUAUUUGACUUCCUUGGUUAUCAGUGGGCGCCCAUCCUGGCAAAUUUUAUACACAUUAUUAUAGUCAUACUUGGCUUAUUUGGAACCAUCCAGUAUAGACCUCGUUACAUAACAGGAUAUGCUGUCUGGCUGAUCCUUUGGGUUACAUGGAACGUGUUUGUUAUCUGCUUCUAUUUGGAGGCUGGGGACCUUUCAAAGGAAACAGAUCUCAUUCUGACCUUUAAUAUCUCAAUGCAUCGUUCUUGGUGGAUGGAGAAUGGGCCAGGCUGUACCGUGACCUCAGUAACCCCAGCCCCGGACUGGGCACCAGAGGAUCAUCGUUAUAUCACUGUCUCGGGGUGUUUUCUUGAAUAUCAGUACAUAGAAGUGGCUCACAGUUCUCUUCAGAUCUUCCUUGCACUGGCGGGCUUCAUCUAUGCCUGUUAUGUUGUGAAAUGUAUUACUGAAGAAGAGGACAGCUUUGAUUUCAUAGGAGGAUUUGACUCUUACAGCUAUCAAGGUCCACAGAAGACAUCUCAUUUACAGCUACAGCCCAUGUAUAUGUCAAAGUAAACACGGGGACUACUCAACGUGGGCUGGAGGACCUGUUGAAACUUUCAGGAUGGUCCCCUGGUUCUUCAAAGAGCAAAAAAAUCCAGUUUU